AUUUACUUACUACCUGACGUCUAAUUGUUCCGUCUAUCUUUUUGGACCCAACUCCUGAAAAUAAUAUACCCAAUUCUUUUCUAACAUUCGUCGAGCCUUGAAUCCCUCUCCCCCCUCAUCGUGCUUCAUCCUAUCUUGAAAGUUCAUUAGUGACACCCCGCGCAUCCCAUCAUCCUAUCAAUUUAUCAUCCUAUCGUCGAUCAAAUCCCCGCAACUUCAUACAACAAAGUUACCCUUCAAUCCCCUCGACGCCUUUCAUUCCCUUUUGCGACAAGUAAGAGGAAUUAUGGUGGUUGAUACGGCAUACUAUGAUGUCCUAGGCGUCAAGCCUACUGCGACAGAGCUGGAAAUCAAGAAGGCCUAUCGCAAGCUUGCCAUUGUCCAUCAUCCAGACAAGAACCCAAAUGAUCCGACUGCCCAUGAAAAAUUCCAGGAUAUCGGAGAGGCUUACCAAGUACUUUCAGAUUCUGAUCUAAGAAAAGCCUACGAUAAAUAUGGCAAGGAUAGUGCCAAGCCUACCGAAGGCUUUGUUGACCCCUCCGAGUUCUUUAGUAGCAUAUUUGGCGGUGACGCCUUCGUCGACUGGAUUGGCGAGAUUAGCCUCAUGAAGGACCUUACUACUACUAUGGACAUCACCAUGUCUGGGGAAGAAGGUGAGGAUGACGACGCCGAAUUCCCUGGUACAGAAGAAGCGAUGCGAGAAAGCGCGAAGGCGUCUGCUGCCGCCGGCACACCGCCCACUGUCAUCAUCGAAGACGAGCCUGAGAAACCGGCCACCGAAGGCAAGACCGCCGCAAAUCAUCACCAAACAUCAUCGGAGAAGUCCAACUUACCCCCGCGCGUCGCUUCACCGUCUCCCAGUGCUUCUGGUGUCUCGACUCCUGGGGCUCCUACACCCGGUAGCUCAACACCCGGUAGUUCGACGCCUUCGAGACAUGCCAUACCAAUUAGGCCUGCGCUUAUGGACCGCCCGGCAGAUGAGGCGCACUUGAUGGAUCAGACGGAGGAAGAGAAGGAUUUGAGAAGGAAAGAAAAAAAGAAGGGCGGAUUAACUAAGGAACAGCGCGAACAGCUAGCUGCAUACGAGAAGGAGCGCGCCAGAAUCCGUCAAGAGCGUGUCGACACCCUCACUCGCAAGCUUAUCGACCGUCUCUCAGUAUGGACCGAGACGGAUAAAGGCUCUGACGUUACUAAGGCUUUCCAGGCAAAAACCCGUCUCGAGGUUGAGAAUCUGAAGAUGGAGAGUUUUGGACUUGACAUUAUGCAUGCCAUCGGUGCCGUCUACUUAUCGAAAGCCACGGCUCUUCUUAAAUCCCAGAAGUUUCUUGGUAUCGGUGGUUUCUUCAGCCGUAUGAAGGACAAGGGUGCCCUUGUCAAGGAUACCUGGAAUACCAUAUCCUCCGCCAUCGACGCUCAGCAGACCAUGGAGGAAAUGGCACGUAUGGAGCAAGCUGGUGGCGAGGACUGGACCGACGAGAAGAAGGUCGAAUAUGAACGCAGAGUGACCGGCAAGAUCCUCACCGCGGCUUGGAGAGGCAGCAAGUUCGAGAUUCAGAGCGUUUUGCGUGAAGUUUGCGAUACUGUGCUCCAUGACAAGAAGGUGCCAUUAAACAAACGAUUAGAGCGCGCAGAAGCUCUGGUACUUAUUGCCGACAUCUUCCAGAAGGCUCAGAGGACACCCGAGGAAGAAGGUGACUACAUGGCUUUCGAACAGUUGGUUGCCGAGGCGGCUAUCAAGAAAGAGAAAGACUCUAAGAAGAAAGGCAAAGACAAGGAUAAGGACUCUACCAAGCCAAAAAGCACCAGCGCGGCAGAAGCAGGCAACAUUCCUGCCGAAGCGGACAAGGAAAGUGCCUAGCGGAUGACGUGACGCUGAGGGUUGACAGCCUCCAGAAGGCUGUACUAGAAGUGAGCAUGUGUCGGGGGAGACUCCCUGGUCGCCGGAGAAGUUGAGACAAGGCUCAACCUUUGUGUGCGUGUGCUAGCCAAACGGUUUGGCAGGUUUGCGUUGGACAGAAAAUAGGAAACUAACAACCUCGAGUUGCUAGUGAAUCGAAAGGACGAAGAAGGGCAUAAGGAUGUAUAAGUGUUAUGACACUUAACUCCGUGGAGGACAGAUCAUAAAGACGUCGAUGAUUGUAAAUUGAUCUGCGGGGCGGCUUUGGUAAGAGACGGAAGAGCUCUCCUAGUUAUGAACGCCCACAUCAUCUCUACUCAGAGAUAUAAUUCACCGUCCCUGGAAUUCACCGCCUGGUAGAGAUCUCUGCUAUCAAGUCGCUUGUGAGAAAGGCAUGACUAUUCAUUUAAAGGCAAGUAAUUAUAAAUAUAUAAUACCUAGGUAGGUAGGCAAUACCCUUCACCCAACCUUUCGCCUCGAAGCACGAAAGAUGGUUUCUUGAAACGCGACAGUUACUUGGGUAGGUACCUAGAUAGGCAGAGGAUCAUGAGAAGACUUCAAUAC